AUGGCCAAGCGAGAAACAAUCGUCCACUGGUUCCGCAAAGGAUUGCGCAUCCAUGAUAACCCGGCCCUUACCCUUGCGGUGGACAAAGUGUGUGAAAAUCCUUCAAAGUACUGCCUUCGACCGGUGUUUGUACUCGAUCCUGGUAUACGCAAAUGGUUGCGCGUAGGACCAAAUCGAUGGCGUUUCCUGCAGCAAACACUGACCGACUUGGACCAAAAUCUUCGAUCUUUAAAUUCUAGACUCUACGUCGUGCGGGGAAAUCCGGAAGAAAUAUUUCCCACGCUUUUCGAUGAAUGGAACGUAACACUACUAACGUUCGAGCAUGACAUCGAGCCAUACUCCGUACGGCGUGACAAAAAAGUCGAGGAACAAGCGAAACAGCACCGCGUGGAAGUACAAAUCAAGAAUUCUCUCACAUUGUUUGACCCUGAAACCAUUGUGAGGCUUAACUGUGGCAAACCCCCGCUUACCUACCAAAAGUACUUAUCGCUUGCCUCGUCGCUCAAAACACCUCAACCCAUACCAGCUCCACAGAAGCUGCCUUCAAAAUACAAAUCACCCGAAGCUGACAAACAAGAGCGGAAGGAUGCAUGCUGUUAUGAUCCGCCAACACUUAAGGAGCUAGCAGUGGAUGAAAGGGCGAUGGAAGAAUGCAAAUUUCCCGGCGGUGAAAGCGAGGCUCUACGUAGAAUGAAUGAAUCCCUUAGUCAAAAGUCCUGGGUGUGUAAAUUUGAAAAGCCAAAUACGUCACCGAACUCACUGGAACCGUCGACUACCGUGCUCAGUCCGUAUCUAAAAUUUGGUUGCUUAAGCGUUCGGCUGUUCUACAGUCGAGUAAACGAAAUCAUCAAAGGACAAAAGCAUUCACAGCCGCCAGUAUCGCUGAUAGGACAGAUAAUGUGGCGCGAGUUUUACUACUGCGUGGGCGCUGCGACCCCCAACUUUGAUAAAAUGGUCGGUAACAGCGUGUGCAUACAGAUCGACUGGGACACGAAUAAGGAGCACCUCGAGGCGUGGACUCACGGUCGCACGGGCUACCCGUUUAUCGAUGCGAUCAUGCGUCAGUUGCGCCAGGAAGGCUGGAUCCAUCAUCUGGCUCGGCAUGCCGUGGCUUGCUUUCUAACACGUGGUGACCUCUGGAUAUCAUGGGAAGAGGGCCAGCGCGUGUUUGAAGAGCUACUGUUGGAUGCCGACUGGGCGCUGAACGCCGGCAACUGGAUGUGGUUGUCGGCGUCCGCAUUUUUCCAUCAGUACUUCCGCGUGUACAGCCCGGUGGCGUUUGGUAAAAAGACCGACCCGGAAGGCAAAUUCAUACGCAAGUACGUUCCGGAAGUGGCACGGUUUCCCGCCGGCAUCAUCUACGAACCGUGGAAGGCGAAUCUAGAAGCGCAGCGAAAGUACGGCUGCAUAAUUGGCAAGGAUUAUCCGCACAGAAUAGUAGUCCACGAGGAAAUUUCGAAGACGAACAUUCAGCGUAUGGCCGCUGCCUACAAACGGAACAAACUAAAGAAAGACGACGGUUUGGAUGGAGAUAGUGCCACCUUCAGUCCUGAUCCAAAGAAACGGGCAUCAUCUUCCUCGUCUUCGGCGAAACCACCGGCAAAGAAACAAAAACUCGAAAACACAAUUAAGAAGUUUCUGAAGAAAAAAUGA